CCCUUGUGCCCAGCAUCGCUGUGGCUGCUCCUUCACUGGUGCCACCUCCUGGGUUUCCCCCGGUGCCGGUGCCCUGCGCAUCCUCCAUGGGAAAUGUGGGAUGGGUGGGGGCAGGAGGAGGCGCUCACCCAGUGGGUGCUGGGCUCGCAGCCGUUGCUCGCUCUGGUCAAGGCUCCAUCUGUGCUGCGCUGCUCUUCCUAUUGCCGAACCCAGGGGCCCUGUACUGCAGAUAAAGCGCGUUUCCAGCUCAAUCCCACUGCACCAUCUCCUGCCAAGGUCUCCAGCAAGGAGGAGCUGCCCAAGGGUCAACGACCAUCAGUGUCCCCGGGACAGGACCGAGCUGGGGCCCAUGGCCGAGCGCCGGGCAGGCACCAAGAGCCGGCGCUUGGGCUCCAGCCGACGCAAGGGCUUUGGUGAGGCCCCGGCAGCAGCCCCCAGCCCCAGCAAGGAGCCCUCAUGGGCAGCUGAAAUAGUGCAGAGGGUGCAGGAGCUCCUCAGGGAGCAGGACAAGGACCAGGAGGGGUUCAUCACCCGCUCGGACAUACAGAGAUUGCAGGAGGAAGAUCUCCCAUGCAGCACGGAGGAGCUGGAGCUCGUCUUCAAUGGGCUGGAUGCGGGCGGCAACGGGCGGUUGAGGACUGAGGAAUUCACUUUUGGACUCUGGCAGUUCCUGAGCUCCCAGAAAGCUGUCAGGGGCCAUCGCCGGCAGAAAACAGCAUCCCGGAGGGUCCCCUUGGUCCUUCCCAGCCCGGCGCUGGAGGAGGGGGACAGUGAGGAGCGGAGGCAGUUCUCUGCCUUUAUGGGCCACUUGGGCACGGACAACAUCUCUGAGGAACAGGAGGUCUGGGAGCUCUGGCGGCAGCUCCGGCAGGAUGAACCCCAGCUCCUGGACAACCAGGAGGACUUUGUGGCCAAGGUGAGGCACCGCAUCCAGGAAGUGAGGAGCAAGAAGGAGGCUUUGGAGGAGUCCCUGAACAAGAGCGUGGCCGAGCACGGCCGGGAGGUGCAGCGGCUCCUCGGGGCUCUGGAGCAGCGGAUGCAGCGGGAGCAGCAGCGCCUGCAGCAGGAGAGCGCGGCCCCGAGCCCCCAGCGGGCUGCGGAGCUCCAGCGAGUGCUGGAUGCCAGCGAGGAGGAGGUGCAGCGCCUGGUCACAGCGCAGCUGGAGCUGGAGACACGGUGCCACAGCCUCUGCAGCUCGCAGGAAGCUGCCAGCACCGAGAACCAGCAGCUGGAGGAGAGCAAGCGAGUGCUGGAGCAGCACCUUCAGCAUCUCCACCAGCAGCUCCAGCAGACCCACGGGCGCCUGCGGGCAGUGAGGGCUGCGGUGGCUUGGGAGCACAUGGGGGAGCCGGGGGACAGAGCAGGGGCAGAGCUGCCCAGCGAGACACCCGCGUCCCCCCAGGUACUUCAGCUGGGAUUUGGGGUCUUCAGUGGGGAUGGGGUGAGGUGUCCAUGCUCCAGAGCAUUGUGCUGUUUGAUGAGUCUGGAGCAGAGCAAGAAGAUGCAGAUGAGGAGGGACUCCCAGAGCAGCGAGCCCAAAGCCAAGAGCACCCACCAAGUGGUUUGGGAGAUGCUGCCUGCAGAAAUAAGCAUUUUGGGAGCCCCGCAGGGAGCGAGCUCUGUGGAAGAGGACCCCUUCCCAGAAUGUCUGAAAGAGGAAUGCUUCUCUGACCAGAGCUCUUUGCUAAGAGAGGUGGAUGAUGCAACAGCGGCCCUGAGCAAACAGCUGAAGCCACAGGCACCAGGUGCACCCCCUGCUCCAGCAAACACCGCACAUCACCCCCAGGAUGAUGCUGAGCCCCAAACAGGGCUGGAGGGAGGCACAGCACAUGGAACAACCCCCAGGGUGCAACAGGAGACCCUCUCUGGUCACACCGGUCACAAGCUGUUUGAAGGAGACAUGGAAGAAGGACCAGGCACAGGUCCAGAUGUGCCACAGGCUGGUGCGUCCACGGGAGCUGGGCACCACAGGGCUCAGGAGCCAGAGCAGGGAGAGGAGGAACAAAGGAUGUUAUUCCCACAAGGAAGGGGUGGUGGUGUGAAGGAGGCGAUGCUAAAGGUGGCAGAGCAUCUCCAGGGAGCACUGGGAGAGAACACGGAGGCAGCAGAGCAGGUGCUGAUGGAGGUGGAGGGAGCAGGAUGGAUGCAGGAAAAAACUAGCUGGGAAAAGGCACAGCUCCUGGGAGCAGCUGAGGAAGUGGCAUUAAGGCAGGGAGAAACCCUGGAGGCAGGUCUGGGGUCAGCAGGGGCUGGGGAGGCAGGUCUGGUUGUGCACCAGUGCCUUGGCAUGGAUGAGCUUCACCCAGCUGCAGCUCAGCCCCUGGGCACGGGGCUGGGGGAAGAGGCUCAGCCACCACUGGGGCUCUCCAAGGAACUGGAAAUGAAGGCAGGAGAGCUCCUGGAGCCAGAGCCACCACCCCAGGGUGAGGCACGAACAGGAGCAGCCCAGGGGCACAGCGCCCAUCCCGAGGUGACUGCGGCUCUUGGCCCCGGGAUGCUGGAGGAAGAUCCUGUCAGCGCAGAGGCGAAGCCCCAAGGAGAACCCUUGGGUGCUGAGGUGCUGCCAGGCCAAGCUGAGCAUGGAGCUGGACCUGAGGAAAGGGAGGUGCAAGCAGCACAGGGUGAGCGUGCACGGGGGGAUGCGGAGCAAGGCGGGGGUGUCGGUGCAGAGGUGCCGGUGGCAGUGGUGCUGGAAGGGGGAGCAGGAACAGAUGUGCCACCGCUGGAGGCGCAGAGCAGCAGAGCCGACGAUGUGCAGCUGCGGGCAGAGGGGGGGGCAGCUCUGCAGCCAUGGGUUGAGGCUGGCCCCGUGGGGACAGAGCAGGGAGGGAGCGUGGCUCCAGAUGUGCAGCCCCUGGAGGAGGGAGAUCGAUCAGAGCUGGGGCUGGGGGAGGACAUGGGUGCUGCUGUGGUGCAUGGCGAGGGUCCUUCCUCAACAGAAGCGUCUCUGGGGAGCCCAGACCUGUGUGGGCUCUUCCCAGUUAAGGCUCAGGCACUGGAAAUGGUGGAGGCAAAGGACUCCUGGGCAGGUGUGCAGCUACAUAGGAGUUCCAGCCCAGAAACACCCCAGGGAGAGGAGGGUCAUACAGUGGUACACCUCCUGGAGGAGGAUGAGGAUGGUGCACAAGAGCAGGGUGAGCAUGGGCUGCCCCAGGAGCCUGUGCUUGAUCCACAGGGAGCAGGACUUGGGCAGGGAGAGGGGCCUGCUGCAGGCAUGCAGCCACAAGAGGAUGCUGAAAGCCUGGACAGGCUGGAGGACCAGAGCACUGGUGCAAGUCUGCAGGUGCUUGCAGAGAUGGAUGAGGUUAAAGAGACCCCAGGCUGGAACACUGAAGGAGAUCUGCAGCUGCUGAGUGAGGUCAGCUCCCUGGGUGCAGAGCAGGGAGGGAGCGUGGUUCCAGGUGUGCAACCUCUGGAUCAGGUGGAUGAAGCAGAGUUAGUGGAAUUGGAGGUAGAGGAUUCCACAGCAAAUGUAGAGCUGCAUGGGGGUCCUAGUAUUGAAACCCUCCAUGGAGGUGAGCACCAUGCAGCCUUGCAGCUUGUGGAGGAGGAUGAGGAUGGGGAAGAGGGGCAGAGUGAGUGUGGGCCGCCACAUGAGCCUGUGCUUCACCCCAAUGGAGUGGCCAUCAGGGAGGGAGAGGGGGCUGCUGCAGGCGUGCAGCCAUGGGAGGAGGCUGAAAGCCUGGACAGCCUGGAGGACCAGAGCACUGAUGCAAGUGUGCAGAUGCUUGCAGAGAUGGAUGAGGUCAAAGUGACCCCAGGAGGCAGCACAGAGGCAGAUCUGGAGCUCUGGAGCGAGGUCAGCUCCCUGGAUACAGAGCAGGGAGGGAGCGUGGCUCCAGAUGUGCAACCUCUGGAUCAGGUCGGUAAAGCAGAGUUACUGGAAAGGGAGGCAGAGGACUGGGCAGACAUGGAGCUGCAUGGGGGUCACAGCCCAGAAACAGCCCAGGGAGGGUGGGACCAUGCAGCCAUGCAGCUUGUGGAAGAGGAUGACAAUGGGGAAGAAGGGCAGGGUGAACACGGGCUGCAGCAGGGCUCUGUGCUUGAUCGGCAGGGAGCAGGAUUUGGACAGGGAGAGGGGGCUGCUGCGGGUGUGCAGGCACAGGACAAGGCUGUAAUCCUGGAUGGGCUGGAGGCCCAGAGCACUGAUAUGAGUGUGGAGCCACUGACAGGGCCAGAGGAGCUCAGAUCAAGCUCAGGAGGGAGCCCAGAGGCAAAUGCGGGUGCAGCUGGGAUGCGGGAAGGGGAGCAGAGCCGCACUCCAGGCUCAGAUGUAGCUCACACUGCAGAAGGGUGUGGGGAAGCUGCUGGUGCUCAUGUGUCCCCCCCAGCUGAGGCCACUUCGUGUCCUGAGCGUGCCACUGCUCCCAAAGCUCCUGGUGCGGAAGUGAAGCGGGAAGCAGUCACUGGUCCUGAUGGGCAGAUCCUGGAGGAUACCCAGGCACUGGAAUUACCACAGGGAGAGUGGGCUGCUGCAGAGGGGAGACCUCUGGAUGGAGCUCAAGGUCUGGAAGUGGGGCAGGGAGAGAGGCUGGAGGCAGGGGGGAGGAGUUUAGUGGAAACUCAGGCUCUAGGGCUAAAGCAGGGCCAUGAUGAUGGUGCAUCUGCACCAACCUUCCCAGUCUCCAAGGUGCCAUUACAGAUCAGCACACUAAAACUGGAAGCAGUGAUGCAGGAGGAUGUUCUCGUUCCAGAUGUGCAGCUGUUGGGUGCUUCAGGACAGGCAGCCCAAAACGAGCUCCAGGGGCAGGUCUCAGCACAGGCAGAGAAGCCACCACACAUGAUGGAAACAGAGAAUGCAGCUGCUGGGCCUGCUGAGCUUCCAAAACAAGAGGUGGCACCAGCAUCACCCCUUCACACAAGGGUCCUACAGGAAGAAGAUGCUGGGAAUGAUCAGCUGGGGACGGUCCUUGGAGGCAGCUCACUGGGGGAUGCAGCCAGCAUGCAGCCUCAAAGGCAGUCGUUGGGAGAAGAGAGCAAAGACCUCGAUGUUGAUCAAUGGAAGAAGCAGGAGGUUGGAAGGAAAACGAGGCAGGAAGGCGAGCCAAGUCCAGGAGAGCCAGGGACUGUCACUGCAGGUGGGGCAGGAGCUGCCUCAAGGGGUUCUCCUAAAGCCCCCCUGGACCCAGAUCACUUCUACAAUGUGCUGUUUGUCGGGGACUCCCAUGUGGGCAAAACAUCGUUCCUGUACCGGCUGCAUGCCGACACCUUCAACCCGCACCUCACUGCCACCGUAGGACUGGAUUAUCAGGUGAAAAGCUUUAUCGUGGACAACAAGUGCUUUGCUCUCCGCCUGUGGGACUCAGCUGGUCAAGAAAGGUACCACAGCAUCACCAAGCAGUUCUUCCGGAAGGCGGAUGGGGUUGUGCUGAUGUACGAUAUCACAUCCGAGUAUUCCUUCUUGGAUGUGCAGUACUGGCUGAGCUGCAUCCAGGAAGGAGCAGAAGAUGGAGUUGCUAUUCUGCUUCUUGGGAACAAAACUGACUGUGCUGCAGAGAGACAGGUCCCUAUGGAGCAGGGGGAACGCCUGGCCAAGGAGCAUCAGCUCAUGUUUUACGAAUGCAGUGCUGCCUCGGGCCACAACAUCUCCGAGUCCAUGGUCAGCUUGAUCAGGUUGCUCAAAGUUAAUGAGGAUAAACUGAAAAAUAAGGCAGAAGAGGUACCAAAGCUACCCCAGAAGAAAAAGAGCUGCUGCUGGUGAUGGAGAGACACACCACACCCCACACCCCCCCACACCCCCCCCCCCCCGAUGUGAAACUGCAGUGACAGACAGAAAAGCAUAAAAAUAGCCUUCAGACACCAUCUCUGCUCCCCAUAUGCCUACCUGGCCUCAUGUCCCUCAGAUGCUGAGAGCAAAAGUCUUUGUGGAGGAGUGGCUGUUACCCAUCCCCUUCCCUGCUCAUCUCCUGCCACCAUCCCAGAGGACAGGAGCCCUUGUAAAUACUUGCUGGGAAACUUUCUUUCUUCUGCUUUCUUUUGGAGACAAAAAAUGGGCUAUGGAAAGAGGCAGAAUAGGAAAUUAGAUGGAUCCAAGACGCUGCAAUGAUAUUGGAAGCAGCAGGGAGCAAAACUGAGUCUUGGGAUGAAAGACAUAAAUACCAGGAGUCACCAAAGGCUGGUGUGUAAAACAGGGGGUUUAAGGCUGUUGGUGCUGCUGUGAGGUGGUGUCUUUUGCUCUGGCUUUGCAAUCCGAUCUGGAACAAUGGAAUAUGGAAUAUAUCCUAAAUGCACUUUUAACUCCCUGCAGUUAGGAAAGGUAAAGUUAAGUUUUUCUUUUGCCUGGUUUAUUGUGCCAGUGAACAGCAAUGGGUCUUGACAGAAAACUGCUAAAAACUGCUUAAACAAAAUGUAAAACCUCCCAAGCCACAUCCAGGAUAACAGAAAGAGCAUUGGGGUGGUGGGAAGUAUGAGCAAGUAAAUGCUUGCAGGAGCCCUUUUCAUUGCAUUCCCCUCAGAGCAGAUAUUUGCACUAUUGCAGAUCUCAGGGUGAGGCGGUCAGAGCAAGCUGCUGCACCCUGCCCUUCUGCACUGAGGUGACUGCUGUAUGAAGUACUGAAUUGGGGUCAAAAAGAAACCCAGUUUGAAAAACCUAAACAAGCACAUUUCAAGGGGGGUUUAAUUAUUUUUCUUUCUACAGCUUCAUGCAGAGAACUGUAUUUUUUGCAGAGAAAGACACAGAGACUGAAUAAAUAAAAUGACAAUUGUUGUGUUUUAGUGGUUUUCUGUGUUACGGGUUUUGCCCUGUCCUCCAGCAAGGAGAAGUAUUUAAAGACCAUGCUUUCACGCAAUUUGGGGGAAAUAGUUCUGCUCAGAUGGGUUUGCCUUUAGUUGACAUUAUUAUCUAUAUGUACAUUAUGGCAGAGGAGAAUAGCAGCCAGUUUCUGCUUUAUAACAAUACAGUGACAAGUGUUGGUUUCCUAAUAACACUAUAUGCUAAAGAAAAGGAUAUCAUUCUGUGUGUUUCUGACUGUUAUAGCUCAGCUUUCCCAGGAAACAAGGCUUAGGAGCUCCUGCUGCCUGUGUAUUUGUAUCUGUUGGUACAAAAGUCCCUGUUGGGGAGCAACUGCAAAGCUCUGAGAUGUUGUGACUUGUGUGAAUAAAGGCCUGAUUAACUGAGA